AUGCUCCGCCGGGGCGCGCAGCGGCUGCGGGGCCUUCCUCUGCGGAGUUUCCAGCUGCGGAUUGCGCAGCUUGCGCACUCCCCGGGCCGCCCGCGCUCAGUCUACAGCCGGGAAGGAGAGGAAAAAUCAUCCUUAACUACAGAAAUAAAAUGGAAAGACAGAGCAGAAACAGUGAUAAUUGGAGGUGGCUGCAUUGGUGUGAGUCUAGCUUAUCACCUGGCCAAAGCAGGGAUGAAGGAUGUGGUCCUCCUGGAGAAAUCAGAGCUCACUGCUGGAUCUACCUGGCACGCAGCAGGUUUAACAACUUACUUCCAUCCGGGAAUAAACUUGAAGAAAAUACAUUAUGAUAGCAUCAAACUUUAUGAAAAGCUGGAAAAAGAAACUGGACAGGUGGUGGGAUUCCAUCAGCCAGGUAGUAUCCGAAUUGCUACAACUCCUGUGAGAGUAGACGAAUUUAAAUAUCAAAUGACUCGGACUGGUUGGCAUGCAAUCGAACAGUAUAUUAUUGAACCAGAGAAAAUUCGAGAGAUGUUCCCUUUACUCAACAUGAACAAGAUUUUAGCUGGACUGUAUAAUCCUGGAGAUGGUCACAUUGAUCCUUAUUCUUUAACUAUGGCCCUGGCUGCUGGGGCUAGGAAAUAUGGUGCCCUUUUAAAAUAUCCUGCACCAGUGACUUCUUUGAAACCCAGGUCAGAUGGAACAUGGGAAGUUGAAACACCACAGGGAUCUGUGAGAGCAAAUAGAAUUGUGAACGCUGCAGGAUUUUGGGCUCGUGAAGUUGGCAAAAUGAUUGGACUAGAACAUCCUCUCAUUCCGGUUCAACAUCAGUAUGUUGUCACAUCAACUAUACCUGAAGUGAAAGCUUUGAAAAGAGAACUCCCUGUGCUCCGUGACCUGGAAGGAUCUUAUUACCUCCGCCAGGAAAGGGAUGGACUUUUGUUUGGUCCAUAUGAACGUCAGGAGAAAAUGAAACUUCAAGACUCCUGGAUCAGCAGUGGAGUCCCUCCAGGUUUUGGAAAGGAACUCUUUGAGUCUGAUCUUGACCGAAUCAUGGAACAUGUUGAAGCUGCCAUGGAAAUGGUGCCGGUCUUGAAAAAAGCUGAUAUCAUCAAUAUUGUCAAUGGUCCUAUCACCUACUCUCCUGACAUCCUUCCUAUGGUAGGGCCCCAUCAGGGGGUCAGAAACUACUGGGUGGCUAUAGGCUUUGGAUAUGGCAUCAUCCAUGCUGGUGGGGUAGGGAAAUAUCUCAGUGACUGGAUUCUGCAUGGAGAACCUUCUUUUGAUCUGAUAGAAUUGGAUCCCAAUCGCUAUGGAAAAUGGACAACAACUCAGUACACUAAGGCAAAAGCCAGAGAGUCAUAUGGAUUCAACAAUAUUGUUGGUUAUCCUAAAGAAGAACGGUUUGCCGGGAGGCCAACUGAGCGUAUCAGUGGGCUCUACAAUAUCCUGAAGUCUAAGUGUUCCAUGGGGUUCCAUGCAGGCUGGGAGCAGCCACACUGGUUCUACAAACCAGGGCAAGACACUCAAUAUAAGCCAAGUUUUCGCCGCACAAACUGGUUUGAGCCUGUGGGUUCUGAGUAUAAACAGGUUAUGCAAAGAGUAGGGGUGAUUGACCUGUCACCCUUCGGCAAGUUUAACAUUAAAGGCCAGGACUCAGUUAAACUGUUGGACUACCUCUUUGCAAAUGUCAUUCCAAAGGUGGGUUUUACAAAUGUAAGUCACAUGUUAACACCAAAAGGUCGAGUGUAUGCUGAGCUGACUAUUUCUCACCAGUCCCCUGGGGAGUUUCUAUUAAUAACUGGUUCUGGAUCAGAACUUCAUGAUCUUAGAUGGAUUGAAGAAGAGUCAGUGAAAGGUGGAUAUGAUGUUGAAAUUAGAAACAUAACUGAUGAACUUGGAGUCAUUGGAGUUGCAGGACCACAGGCAAGAAAGGUUCUUCAGAAACUCACCUCUGAAGAUCUUAGGGAUGAUGUUUUCAAGUUUCUUCAAACCAAGUCGUUAAAGAUUUCCAACAUUCCUGUUACUGCUAUUAGGAUAUCUUAUACUGGUGAGCUGGGCUGGGAGCUAUACCACAGGAGAGAAGAUUCUGCUGCUCUUUAUGACGUUAUCAUGGAUGCUGGCCAGGAGGAAGGAAUUGACAAUUUUGGAACCUAUGCCAUGAAUGCUUUAAGACUGGAGAAAGCUUUCAGAGCCUGGGGGUCAGAGAUGAACUGUGAUACAAAUCCCUUGGAAGCUGGACUGGAAUAUUUUGUAAAGUUAAAUAAGCCAGCAGACUUCAUAGGAAAGCAAGCACUGAAACAGAUUAAAGCCAAGGGGCUGAAACGGAGAUUGGUCUGCCUCACCUUGGCAACGGAUGAUGUUGAUCCAGAGGGAAAUGAAAGCAUCUGGUACAAUGGCAAGAUGCCCACUGUGUUCUUUUUAGAACUUACUAUAUACCCAUGGUUCUUGUACAUCUGA